AUGCUCGCAAUGACAAACGCCCGCGAGGGCUUCCGCCAUGUCGGCGCAGCAGGCUACCGGGCUUCUUAUCCGUCGUAUGGAGGGUUGUGGACCAUCGAGUGGCCCAUUGGGGACCUGGCCGUUGUCAGGCUGUCCCCCCACGAUAUCCUGGCCGCGCCAGGCUCGGACCCCUAUCCGCCACUGCUGCACGUGAGAGUAGACCGCUGCGUAGAGAUGAUGUCGGGAAUCCUCAAGAACCGAAAAGGGCUCUGCGUAGCCUUUCCCGGCCGCAAACGUUCAAGUGCAGUCCUUCGCUUUCAUAAAAACGGAUAUGCCGGCGCGCAUGGCAGCCGCCACUUGUACAACAUGACAGGCGGGGUUGUGUAUCCAGUAGACCUGCUUGCUCGGAUAGACACGCCAUAUCCGUUCCCGACAAUCGAAUCCGAGGGCCAUGUCCACAUUGAAGCCCCCAGCGUAGAGCAGGGCAAGUCUGUGUGGCUGCUGAUACCGCCGCUGGAGAGGGAUAUCCUGGUGCAGGCCAUGGACUCGAUUCCCUGGAACACGCUGUCAUGGUCCCUACAUCGUGGCCCGAUUAUAUCACCAUCGACGGUGUACGCUCUGGGCUCAGAAGUUUGUCACGGCCAGUCAUGA